AUGUCUAUUUUAAAUAUGUAUUAGUCAAAUUCUAGGUCUGCUCUGUCUAAAGAUAGAAUAGAUGGUCCAUCAACAACUACUCCAAUGAAAUUACUUAAAUCAUAAUAAUAGGAUAGAGAAAAACUUUAUAAUAGUCAUAUAAUGCAAAAAGCCUUGAUUGAAUCUUGCAAGAAAUCUAAAGAAAAUAGAAUGAAUUCACCAACUUUCAAAGUUACGGAUACUAUUAUAUAAGUAAAUCUUAAUAGGACAAUAGGCAAAUUAAGAUGCUCCAGCAUAAAAAUCAGGAAAAAAGAAAGGAAUAUUUAGUGGUAUAGAUUCCUAAAUAGAUCCUUUUAGAAAUGUUCAUACUUCAACAAACAAGACUAAUGUUAAGUUGAUGAUGUUUAAUGAUGGUCAUUUUAUGAAAAAAUAUCAACAAAAAUAAACAGAUAUGCAAUAAGAAAAUAAUCAUAGAUAUUCAAUUAAAGUGUUUUAAUAAGAGCCCAGAUAGGAUAUAGCCUAAAAAAAAGUAAGAAAGAGUGUUCCAGGAUAGCCAGUAGCAAAAGAUCCAAUUUUGUCUCCUGAUUCAAAAGUCGAUAAAAAAGUAUGAGAUUGAUAAUAUAAAAAGCUUAGGAUUUCUAGUUAACAAAAGAUUGAACAUAAAGAUUAGAUAGAAAGUAUUAGAACAUAUUAGCAUGCAAAUUCAUCUUUGGGUUUUCGAAAAAGCGUACAAGAAGGUUAAUAAAAUGAUGUUAGUCCAAUAAAAAUGAGAGAAAGUAAUACAUACAAAAGUGAUAUGAAAAAUAUAUUAACUUAAGAUGAGCACUUUAUAAAACUUGUAAUUAUUGAUUUUUUAUAUUGGUAGUUUUCACGGACUGAUUAUAAAGGUUGUGACAAUAUUAAAAAAUCAAAGAAGCCUUGUUUGAAAAUGGAUGUCCCAAGACCGAUUUCAGCAUUUGCUCUAUAUGAAAAGUGA